UCUCUCAGUGGCACAAGCAUCUCAGGAACACCGACAGGAAACAUGGAGCACACUCAGAUGGUAAAGCCAGAGAGCCUGGACGAUCUGAUCAAAAUUCUCCACCAGAUUUUCGAAAGUGACAAUGUCAAUAUUGAGGAGGUGCAGAAUAUUAUGGAGGCAUACGAAAGUAAACCACAGGAAUGGAUGAAAUUUGCUAAAUUUGACCAGUACAGGUAUACCAGGAAUCUCGUUGAUGAAGGCAACGGCAAAUUUAAUCUUAUGAUUCUGUGUUGGGGUGAAGGACAUGGCAGCAGUAUCCAUGACCAUGCAGAUUCACACUGCUUCCUGAAGCUUUUGCAAGGCCAGCUGAAGGAGACUCUGUUUGAAUGGCCUGACAGUAAAUCGCAUGGUGACAUGGUCCAAAAAUCUCAGCGCAUCUUGCAAGAAAACCAGUGUGCUUAUAUUAACGAUUCCAUUGGCCUGCACCGGGUAGAAAACGUCAGUCACACGGAAUGUGCAGCCAGCUUGCACUUGUACAGUCCUCCUUUCCAGCAUUGCCAGACAUUUGACCAGAGAACGGGACAUAAGAACACAGUCAAAAUGACAUUCUGGAGUAAAUUUGGCCAGAGGACACCAUUUGAAAGUACCAUCUCACAAGAAAAUAACUGAGAAUGGAGAAGACAAAACAUUACAUCCCAAAAUUCAGGCAUGGUUAAAACAGCAAAGGUGACAUCAUUAUUUUUUUUUUUUGCAAAACAAAAAUAAUGAUUUGAUACGUUUCACUAAAUUUGCAAUGGACAUUUGGGAUAGGGACUCAGUAAUUCAAAGGGCUUUGUCAUGACCCAGUGUAAGCUUGGCAAGUGCUGCUGGGCACAUUGUAAGGGGUCUUAAUAGGAGAAUGUGGCUAGACUGCCUCAGCAAUCUGUCCUUUUCUUCACUUGGUUUGAGAAGUCCUAACAGCAUUCCUAAGCAUCUGUGACCUGUACAAUCAUACUUUUGUACUGUUACUGGGCCUGAAUUUGUUUUAACUAAACAUGUAAUUUAUGACACGGAGGUAUUUUAAUUGUUUUUUUCACUGUGGUUACAAAACAGUAAUUAACUAAAAAAAGACCACUCAUGAAAUGUAAUACCUUUAUGUGAAAUGGAGCACUUUCUUUUAUUGAUGUGUUAAUUUCAAUGUAAACUGGCAUGGUUUAUCACCUCCACAUUGUAACUUAACACCAUAUGUAGUCUAAAGACUUAUUUUUUAUACAAUUCAUUGUCAGUAAAUUAAAUAUGGAAUAUUUGAUGUUAGGAUAAGCUAAACAGGAUGGUAAUUGUGCUUAGUAUCCUAAGCCUAGAUGUCUUAUUUAAAAUUGAAAUGAAGUCUUACAUAGCGAUGAUUUUUUAAGAUAAAAUUAGAGUAAGAAUUUAAUUGCACAGUGAAUGAUAAUUGUUGAGCUAUGAUUGGAGAGGUAUUUUUAUAGCUUUGAACUGCUUUUUCUAGCAACGCUGCUUCUUCCAGCAGCCAGACAUUAGGAUGAUGAUGAAAAAGCUUUGUAAUAACUGUACAACCUGAAAUCAUAUUUCUGCAUUCUUUCCGAUCAUGUUUGUCUGUCCUGUAUAAUAAAUUUGUCAUUCUUUGGUGCUAAUAAUCUGA